UGUUGCCUUUGCGUCUCGACAGUUGUCCACUUUGCCAAGCCGGUCUCUGUGCUUGCAUUGACGUCAAACGACUUGGCUGGACGUAUAAAACCCUCCGUCCUCUCCCCGUCGCCGCUCACAGGGAGUUUUUCAUUCCGACUCGGCUCCGACCUGAAAUCUCAGCGGCCGUCCACCGAGUUCAGCCGCAGCAUCCGGAGGGAAUCCAGUGAGUUGCCGCACUUUAUUCACGUCUCGUUAAAAUGUCUGCAAGUGCGAACAUGUGAGUUGAAGGGGGGCAAUCCUCCUCCUCCUCCUCCUCAUCUUAGGGCUUUUAGAUGAUAAAUGUAGCCCGAAUUCCUCUUGUUUCCAGAUGUGGAUCGAAUGAAACUGAGCUAGUACAGAUGCCGCGGUUCGUUUUUGUGCUUUAGUUUUAAUCUUCUCAGAAGUUCUCGUCUUUCCUGCAGCAAAGUCUCCUCAAGCUGAAGUUGCCCGUGUGAUAAGAAAACAGGGAGUUUGGUUAAAAAACCACAGUUGUUAGGAAAAUCUCAUCACUCUCUUUAUUUUUGACUGGGUUUAUUCCUGCAUAAUAGGAAAAGCAUAACUUUACUACAGAUAUUUACAUCAGUUUGAAAAGUGUUUCAUGUCAGUUUGAUGAUCGUCCACUACAUUUCACUGAUGAUUGAAAUGAACAGCCUGAUUUUCAUCUUAACGAAUUCCGCUGGUUGCAGGACAUGAAGCCAGUCCCCCUGCUCCUGCUCCUCUCCUCGGUCCUCCUCUCAUCGCACCUCCGCCCCGCCGCCGGCCGACCGCGCACCCUCCCCGGCCGGCUGGGAGGCAGCGGCCGCCUCCAGACGCAGCAACUGGACGAAGUGCUCCUCAGGGCGGCCGCCGGGGACAGCACCGCCUCAUAUCUGCUGGGCGACGGCAUCCUGAGGUUUCUCCAGAGGGGGGGGCCGGACCGUCUCCGCCUGCUGCCGGCGGAGGAGGAGAGCGAGGAUGAGGCGGCGCAGCUGCUGAAGCGGAGCGAAGAGCCGCCGCUGUCCAUCGACCUGACCUUCCACCUGCUGAGGAAUAUGAUCCAGAUGGCCAAGAUGGAGAGCCAGAGGGAGCAGGCUCAGCUCAACCGCAAAGUGCUCGACGAGGUCGGGAAGUAAAGCUCUAUUUUUGUCUUUUUCAAAUGUCUCAUUAAUGCAGCCCAAACGCUGUCUCAGUAUUCAAGACCUCUGACUUUAGUUGUUUGUUUGUGCGCCUGCCUUCCUCUAUCAUUUUACGCACAUACGGUGCCAAAUUACGCACCGCUGCAUCCGCGAGUAAAAUGUAAACCCUUAGGUAUCAGCUAAAGACUUUGUUGGAAAGGACGGAAACGGACUAAGACCCCCCUCAUCCCCCUCGACCUUCCGUUGUUGGACAGAAGGAAACUGUCCGGCGUCACUGGAUUUCACACCAAAUGUCAUUUUCACGUUGGACGGUUGGACGGAUCCUGUUUCUCCUCCAGCAGACUGGGUGACCCUAGUGUUGACGUUGCCUGUAAAGCAGAUUUUAAUUGGGGGUCGUGAUCAUUCUGAAUAACGACAGGUACAUUAUGGAUCCUGUAACCACCACAUUGCUUAACUGGUGCUGCGCAGCAGCCUUCCGAGGUAUUAGAACCAGUUUCCCCACAGUAUCCCAAAAUGGACAGUUUUGCUCGGACACAUUUUUACUGAUGUGUCGAUGACCUUUAAUGCAUGAUUACAUGAAGGUAACCAAACACUAAAAUGGAAGUUGCUUUGUCACUCUUUAGUGAACCUACAUCAGACUGAUCCUAUGAAUGUACAUGAACAAAUCUCACAAUAAUUCAGCACAGAGUCAGACUACAACCCAACCAGGCAGCCUCUGAUUUAGUUUUGGCAGACUGCUCAAGAGUCUGGUCCAGCGCAAAGGUUCUGCUAAAAUCAUGUGCGCGCUGAGCUGCAGAAAACUUCUCCGGAAGCCUUUUUCUCGAUGUGUUUCAAGCUUAAAGCUACGUCCCUGCUACUGAGGAGAACUACAAAAAGCCACUUUUGUUAAGAAUGACAAAGGCACACGGUCAGUUUAAGUGGUGACUCCGGCCACCGUUAGCCCAAGAUCUGAUGCCAGGAGACUCCAGUAUUCAACCACCCCCCCCUUUGUCACUCCACUUCAGUUCUCUCUCUUUUAAAUCCACUCGGUCAAACGUGAUAGAUGGACUGAAUUAGUUUGUAAAAGAGAAGGAAAGACAAAGAACCCUUUUGUUUUCGCUCCUUGGUCAUACACCAUCAGCUCUCACCUUCCCCUUGUCCUCUUUCUGUCCUUUGCUUUGAGUGGGAGCACUAUCACCUGUACUGUAUCAACUGUAGCAUGCUAACCUACACAAAAAAAGCUUUAUUUUACUGAAAACAUUAACGUCUGAC